UUGGGCGAACAGCUUGGUUGGAACUGUGCCUGGGAUCGUCUCUCCUGCAGGACGGGAAGGGAAAAUUUCAAUUUCCUCUAAAUCAAACCAAAGCACCUGAACGUAUUUUUAUUCAAAUUACGCGCAACAUCCAGAAGCGGACGAGUACUGCUCGUCGAUGCUAGCUUGGAGCGAGGGGGAAUGUAAAAUCCUAAGAAUGCGAUGAAGUUUUGCAUUCGAUGGGGAACAAAAUUGCGCGCACGACGCAAGUUUCGGCUUCGGAGUAUUAUCUUCAUGACCUGCCCUCCACCUACAAUCUCGUCUUGAAGGAGGUUUUAGGUCGGGGCCGUUUCUUCAAGUCUAUUCAGUGCAAGCAUGAUGAGGGUUUGGUUCUAGUCAAGGUCUAUUUCAAGCGUGGUGACUUCAUCGAUCUCAAAGAGUACGAACGGCGUUUGAGUCAGAUUAGAGACAUUUUCCGUGGCAUUGAUCCCCACGUCUGGCCCUUUCAGUUUUGGCAGGAAACGGACAAAGCAGCAUAUCUCUUGAGGCAACAUUUCUUUCAUAAUCUGCAUGAUCGACUCAGUACUCGACCUUUUCUCAGUCUUAUUGAGAAGAAAUGGUUGGCUUUUCAGUUGCUUCUAGCCGUGAAACAGAGCCAUGAGAAGGGAGUAUGCCAUGGUGAUAUUAAGUGCGAGAAUGUUCUGAUUACAUCCUGGAAUUGGCUUUACCUUGCGGACUUUGCAUCCUUCAAGCCCACUCACAUCCCAUAUGAUGACCCCUCAGAUUUUUCUUUUUUCUUUGACACUGGUGGAAGGAGGCUCUGUUAUCUCGCACCUGAGAGAUUUUAUGAACAUGGAGGGGAGAUGCAGGUAGUACAAGAUGCUUCAUUAAAGCCAUCUAUGGAUAUAUUUGCAGUUGGGUGUGUAAUCGCAGAACUUUUCCUUGAGGGACAACCACUAUUUGAACUGUCUCAACUUCUUGCUUAUCGCAGAGGACACUAUGAUCCUAGCCAACAUCUUGAGAAGAUACCAGAUCCUGGAGUCCGUAAAAUGAUAUUGCAUAUGAUUCAAUUAGAACCAGAGUCACGUUUUUCUGCUGAAAGCUACCUGAAGGAAUUUGCAGCAGUUGUGUUCCCAACCUAUUUCUCACCAUUUUUGCAUGAUUUUUACCGCUGCUGGAGUCCCCUUCAUUCAGAUAUGAAGGUUUUACUAUGCCAAAGUGCUUUCCAGGAGAUACUUAAACAAAUGAUGAACAGUAGAUCACCUGAGGAGGUGGCUGUUGCUUCUGGUGAGCUUCUGCGAGAGGGUGUUGGUAAAGAAAAUGUCGAUUUUAUGAAGGACUCUUUGAUAAAGAGAGAUGAGAUGGGAAACAGGUUAAUUCCUGAUCACUAUGAGCUCCUUGGUGAUAUCAGUAGCCUACUGAGGGGUGCUAAAGAUCAUAACCAUUUAUCUGGUCCCAGGCACGUGAUAGGAAAUGCACCUAAUUCUACCCUUUCUGAGAAUCUAAAAAAUUUGCAGUCUCCUGGUGAGCUCCUUCAAACUAUCUCCAAUGCAUUCCGAGGAAAUGAUCAUCCCUUUCUGAAGAACAUUACAAUGAAUGAUUUGAAUUCAUUGAUGUCUGAUUACGAUAGUCAAUCAGAUACUUUUGGGAUGCCUUUCUUACUGCUACCAAAGGAUAGUAUGAGAUGUGAAGGCAUGGUUUUGAUUACUUCUUUGCUCUGUUCCUGCAUUCGCAACAUCAAGCUGCCUCACUUGAGGAGGGCAGCUGUGCUCUUGUUGAAGGCUUCUGCAUUAUAUACUGAUGAUGAAGAUCGUUUGCAGCGUGUUAUCCCGUAUGUUAUUGCAAUGCUUUCUGACCCAUCUGCAAUUGUGCGUUGUGCUGCUUUAGAGACUUUGUGUGAUAUUCUGCCCCUUGUCCGAGAUUUUCCACCCAGUGAUGCAAAGAUAUUUCCUGAAUACAUACUUCCAAUGCUUUCUAUGCUUCCUGAUGAUCCAGAGGAAAGUGUGAGGAUAUGUUAUGCCAGUAAUAUAGCUAAGCUGGCACUUACUGCUUAUGGAUUCUUGAUACGCUCUAUAAGUUUGGGUGAGGCAGGUGUACUUGAUGAAUUGAGUUCACCACAGAAGUCAUCAAUAUCAUUUAGUCAGACUAGUGGAAAAUUGCGAAGGAUAAAUGGUGAUGUGCAACUUUUGCAGCUGAGGAAAUCAAUUGCUGAGGUUGUCCAAGAACUUGUUAUGGGUCCGAAGCAAACACCAAAUAUUAGAAGAGCACUCCUUCAGGACAUUGGGAAGUUGUGUUAUUUCUUUGGUCAGAGGCAUAGCAAUGACUUUCUCUUACCCAUUCUCCCUGCUUUCCUUAAUGACCGGGAUGAACAAUUACGGUCUGUGUUCUAUGAGAAGAUUGUAUAUGUCUGCUUUUUUGUGGGCCAAAGAAGUGUAGAAGAAUAUCUUUUACCUUACAUUGAGCAGGCUUUAAGUGACACAACAGAGGCUGUCGUUGUCAGAGCCUUAGAUUGUUUGACCAUUCUUUGCAAAAGUGGUUUCUUCAGGAAGAGGAUACUGCUUGAAAUGAUAGAGCGUGCAUUUCCUUUGCUGUGUUAUCCUAGUGAAUGGGUGCGCAGAUCAGUGGUCUCAUUCAUUGCUGCUAGCAGUCAGAGCUUGGGUGCUGUAGAUUCUUAUGUUUAUCUUGCUCCUGUUAUACGACCCUUCCUCAGCAGACAACCUGUAUCUCUAGCUUCUGUGAAGGCCCUUUUUUCAUGUUUAAAGCCUCCUGUCUCAAGACAGGUUUUCCAUGAAGUAUUGGAGAACUCCAGGAGUUCAGACAUGUGAAGACAAAGAAAGAUAUGGUAUAGUUCAUCAUCACAAUCUAAACUAUGGGAAAUGGAUUUACUGAGAAGAGGAAUAGAUGAGUUGGACUCAUUGAAGAGCUGGCCUGACAAGCAACAAGGUGCUGGGGGUCAACAAUCUAGUGGCACUGGCUUCCAACAGCCAGGGCUAACUGAUUGUGAUGAGGCUGACACAAAGUUGAGAAAUAUGGGGGCCUUCAUGCAUAAUGAUUGCAGUACGGUAGGACAUCAUGAUCCCCAGUGCUCGGAGAAGUUACAGUUCUCUGGAUUGAUGUCACCUCAGGUUAGUUGUAGCAGUUUGCCAUAUGAGAAGUCAUCAAAUAGCAUACCUUUGUAUUCUUUCAGCAUGGACAGGCGGGCAGCGGGAAUUCCUCCUGCAGCAUCUGAUUCUCCACUACAAAUGAAUUCUCUAGGUAUCAGUUCAUCCACCAUGCCUUGGGUUAGUCCAGUUAGCAAGUCCUUUAAUUUGGCUAGUUCAGUUCCAGCCCCAAAGUUUGUUUCAGGUUCUUUUAGCAUCAGCAGUGGUUCUAAACAUUUCUAUCGAGUGGUGCACGAACCAGAUGGUAGGGAAAAUGAGACAGCCUAUAUUAAUAGCAAAAUUCAAGAUGUGGGAUUAUCCACUGAUAGCAAAGGUAGUUCAAUCUCGCUUGAAGAUGCAACCAACCAAACGGAUGCAUCGGGAUUUCCAUCUUUUGCUCGCACAUCCAUUCCUGAUCCUGGUUGGAGGCCCCGUGGAGUUUUGGUUGCACACCUCCAAGAGCACCGUUCGUCUGUGAAUGACAUAGCAAUUUCUACCGAUCAUAGCUUCUUUGUGAGCACAUCUGAUGACUCUAUGGUCAAGAUAUGGGAUUCUAGGAAGCUGGAAAAGGAUAUUUCAUUCAGGUCAAGGCUAACUUAUCAUUUGGAUGGAAGCAGAGCGCUAUGUGCAACAAUGCUUAGGAGUUCUGCACAAGUAGUAGUUGGAGCAUGUGAUGGAUUAAUUCAUAUGUUUUCUGUUGAUCAUAUCUCUAGGGGUCUAGGAAAUGUUGUUGAGAAGUAUUCUGGUGUUGCUGACAUCACAAAGAAGGAUAUAAAGGAAGGCGCCAUUCUCAACCUAUUGAACUACCCUGUGGAUGCUUAUACCAUCAUGUUUAGCACUCAGAACUGUGGUAUUCAUCUGUGGGAUACUAGGUCAAGUUCCAGUUCAUGGACUCGUAAAGUUACUCCUGAGGAGGGUUAUAUUACUUCUCUGGUAGUAGGGUCUUGUGGUAAUUGGUUUGUAUCAGGGUCAUCCAGGGGCGUGCUUACUCUUUGGGAUCUGAGAUUUCUGAUACCUGUGAACUCUUGGCAGUAUUCCCUUGCUUUCCCUAUAGAAAAGAUGUGUCUCUUCCUUCCUCCUUCAAAUGCCCCUUUAUCUUCGACUGUGAGGCCCCUUGUUUAUGUGGCUGCAGGUAGCAAUGAAGUUUCUCUUUGGAAUGCAGAGAAUGGUAGCUGCCACCAGGUAUUGAAAGUGACCAACUAUGACAGUGAUGCAGAAAAGUCUGAAAUGCCUUGGGCCUUGGCUAGACCUUCUAACAAGGGAACUUCUAAGUCAGAUUUGAGGCGAAAUGUCAAUCCCAAGUAUAGAGUUGAUGAACUAAAUGAACCUCCUCCCCGUCUUCAUGGCAUUCGUUCAUUGCUUCCCUUGCCAGGGGGUGAUUUAUUGACUGGGGGCACUGACUUGAAGAUACGUCGAUGGAAUCACUACAGUCCUGACAAAAGUUACUGUAUAUGUGGACCUGACUUGAAAGGAGUAGGGCAUGAUGAUUUGUAUGAAACAAAAUCUAGUUUUGGCGUGCAAGUUGUACAGGAGACAAAGAGACGUCCUCUUUCGAACAAGUUGACAGCAAAGGCAGUUGUCACGGCUGCUGCCACUGAUCCUGCAGGUUGCCACCGUGAUUCUAUCCUUUCUCUGGCUUCUGUUAAGUUAAACCAGAGACUCUUGUUAUCAAGUAGCAGAGAUGGUGCUAUCAAGGUUUGGAAGUAGCCAAACUAAUUCGGGAUGGUUGUACGUAGGCAGUGUCAACUCUAGUGGUUAAAAUUGUACAUAAGUUAUAGGAGCUAACCCAUUUAGUGGAUGUUCAAGCUGCUCUUAAUGCUAUCUGGGACGUCAAAGUCCCUUGAUCUGUAGAGAAGGUAUUAUACAGGGGAGUUGAAUUAAGUCUAGUUUCUCGAAGCGUAGGAAUAUUAAGCAUCUGGAUAUGUAUUAUGGGCAUGUUGGCCCCGGUCUUCGAGCUUGUUUUUUUUUCAUUCGGCAUUCUCUGUUGCCUUUGUAUUACGAAUAGUAAUGAUGACAAAGAGUAGUUUCAUUCAAUAUGCAUGCAAACCUUUGUGGUUUUAUUGAAAA